AUGAACGCCGUCGACGCUUCAGACCACUACGAGGUCUCCUCACACGAGGCCACCCCUUCCCUCUUGUCCAUUGUCAUCGACACGAACCCUCGAGCCUGGGCCGCCCUCAACGAUAUCCUCCCACUUUCAAAAGCCAUCGCCAACAUCCUGGUCUUCGUCAACGCUCACCUCGCUUUCAGCAAUGCGAACCAGGUCGCCAUCAUCGCCUCUCACAGCAACCGUGCCGUAUGGCUCUACCCUUCAAAGCCUGGCGCCGCCACAAACGGCAGCGCAAACUCUGAAGAUGUCGCAAUGACGGGCAUCGACUCCUUUGCGCCGACCCCCAACCAGUCUUCGGCCAACAAGUUCCCUCAGUUCGCCCAGAUCGAGGCUGCCGUCAUGGCCGCGAUGCGCCAGCUGGUCGACGCAACUACCGAGGCCGACCUAGCCUGCACGACGACACAGCUCUCUGGCGCCCUCACCCUCGCCCUCACACACAUCAACAAGACCUCUCUCUCGCUCAACGAGACCAACAAGGCCCCCGACGUGGCCCGCCCGACCUCCUCCGCCCUCAGCCGCCUCCGCGCCCGAAUCUUUAUCCUCUCCGUCUCCGACUCGGAGCCCGUCCAGUACAUCUCCACCAUGAAUGCCGUCUUCGCCGCCGCCCACUCCCAGAUCCCCAUCGACACCCUCGCCCUGUCCGGCGACGCAACCUUCCUCCAGCAGGCGAGCUACAUCACCGACGGCACCUUCAUGCAAGCCGCCAGCCCACGCGGCCUCCUCAGCUACCUCAUGUUCGCCUACUCCGCCGACGCAGAGGCUCGCUCUUCCCUCAUUCCGCCAACCCAUCACACCGUUGACUUCCGCGCCGCCUGCUUCUGCCACGGCCGCGUCGUCGACACGGGCUUCGUCUGCAGCAUCUGCCUCAGCAUCUUCUGCGACGUGCCCGAAAACUCAGAGUGCCUAACCUGCGGCACGAAGCUCUCUCUCGGCAGCUAUGGCGCCAAGCCUGCCGUUAUACCGCGGAGGAAAAAGAAGAAGAAGAAGACGGUCCUGGCGAACGGCCAUAUCAGGGAGGAAACGGGCAGUGCGGCUGGCACCCCUCGUCCAGGAUAA